GGUUUAAUCCCAGGUUUAAUCCCAUGUUUAAUGUGUGUAUAUAUAAUAUGUGUCUCUGUGGUGUUUUGGCGGAAGUGUCUUCUUGUCUCUUGUUUCCUGCGCAUUCAGACGAACACUCACCCGAAUACGAGCAAGCUGAACGCAGUCACGGAGAAGAAGCGGAUAAAUUCAACGCGCGCCCCGUGGUGGCCGGAGGAGGAACUGCAGCAAAGCACUAAGCAGAAAGCAGUGGAAAGGCAUUCGAUGGCUCUGGCGGUCAGUGUGAGCGUCCUGAUGCUGCUCUGCGUGUGUGUAUCCGUGUGUUUCACUGAUUAUUACUCGGUGUUAGGAGUUUCUCACUCUGCCUCAGAGGGAGAGAUAAAGAAAGCCUUUCACCAGCUGGCCAGAAAGCUCCAUCCGGACAGGAACCACAGCCCAGAUGCACAACAUGUCUUCACACAGCUUGCACAAGCCUAUGAGGUGCUGUCUAACCGAGAGACUCGGAGAAUCUACGACCAAAACGGAAAGCAGGACUUUCCUGAUGACCAGCAUGGUUCCCAUGGUAACAGUGAUUUCCUGGCUUUCAGGCUACACGAGCUCCUAAACAUGCUGUGGCUGGAGGACGAUUUCACAAUGUUUGAAGAUGAAGGUUUGACUCAAGGAUGGAGCUUUACUGUGUGGGAUGAAGCUCAGGAUGAUGACGGUGAUCAUCUCGGCAAUAUGUUCGGUAUGCUGUAAAGUCAGAGACAUAAUCAAGAGGAGCUGUAAUAACGAUAUUGAUGGUAUUUGAAUUUUAAAUUAAAUAAAGUCUCCAUUUUAAACAA